AUGGGUUGCCAGACCAGCAAGGUUGCAGCACCCGUGGCUGUGGAGAAGGUGCCCAUCGCAGUGACGGAGGCACCCGCCGACUCGAAGACUUCCACCGAGGCGCCUGCCGCCGAGGCGCUUCCCUCCCAGGACGCUUCCCCCUCCGCGCAGGAGAAGGCUGAGGAGCAGAAGGAUUCCGUGGCCGAGCCUUCCGAGGUCAAGGAGGCCGUGCCCGCAGUGGAGGAGUCCGUUGCGGAGGAGGUGGCCAAGGAGGAGGCCAAGCUGGACGCCGUGGUGGAAGCUGUGGCGGAGGCUGCGGAGGCGGCGAAGGAGGAAGUUAAGGAAGAGGUGGCGAAGGCAGAGGUGAAGGAGGACGUGGCCGAAGUCACCGACAAAGUCAAGGAGGAGCUGAAGGAAUUCAAGACGGAGGUCGCCGACCUACCCAAGGUGAUGGAUGCAGCCUUGCAGGGUGAGGCCAAGACACCGACUUGCGAUCUCUUCGGCAUGUGUGGCCCAUGA